CUUUUUUUUCCAUUUCGACCUAACAUAGAUCGAAAGAUCAACAAGCAUCUUACUAUCUUUUCGCUUCCUCUUCGCUUCAACAACAUCUUGUCGCCCCAAAGUUCGUCUGACCCUUGUCGAUCAUUAUCUCUCACCCCUUCAUCACGAUCUCUAGUGUAGAUUCGAUCUUGUCACACGUUCACUCGGACAAGUAGACGCCCUUUCACUUCGUUGACAUCGGCGAUCUGAUAGUCAUCGUCAUCGAAAAUCGUCAUUCGUCAAAUCGUCCGUAUUUCCCACUCUCGUGUGAGAAACAUAGUCGAAACAUACUUUUACAUCGCUCCCCUCUAUCUCCAACUCACUUCACUCUCCUUCAAUCCAGUUCUCGACCUCUCGAGUGACAUAACGGACCUCUAACCCUUUAUUCUCACAUCAUUCUCAUCUCAAGAUGAUCCCCCGUCUACCAGUCACAGCGACUCAACUAGUCUUCCUAUUCCUCCUCGCCACUCCUGUUUUAUCCCUCGCUCAGCCCGUCGCAGACCCAGAAGCCGCACCAGCACCAGCACCUCUCCCCAUACCUGCCCCUCAACCAGUACCGGCACCAGCUUCUGGGACUCUCGACGCUCCUGCCAAAUUACAACCCAGAGCACCACAACCAUCCCGACGGAUGGGUCAACGACGAACAAACAAAGCCGAACAAUUGAAGAAAAAAGAUUAUUCAUCUUUCCUCUGUCCCGGUGGAAGUGUCGCUUGUCCUAUCCCUCCUCCUAGUUUAGAAGACAUCACCCCCGCGUCAAUAUCAAGUUUAGAAAUGGGUUUGAAUUCAUUGGCGGAUUGGUUCAAAGUUGGAUUUGAAUGCAUCGAGUUGGAUACCGAGUUGAAUUCAUGUGGUGGAUGUUUAGCACUUGGAUCUGGACAAGAUUGUUCACUCAUACCCAACGCCCGAAUGACAGGUUGCGAAGCCGGCGCAUGUUCAGUUUACUCGUGUUACGAUGGUUACGUCGUUUCACCCGAUCGUACUACUUGCGUCAAAAAAGGUACCGUUACACCUGCGACACCAGUGACAGCUUUCCAGUCUGGUCAAAUGGUACUCGAGGGUGAAGUCGAAUCAUAA